GCCCUUCGUUCAGCAGCAGCAAAGGAUCGCCGCCUGUUUUAUGCAUAUCACAAGGGAAAAUGUAUCAAUCAGGUUGUGGGGGAGACUUGAUGACACUAAAGAAACAUGGCGGUUGGAUGAUGAUGAAUCGGUAGCACACAGGACAGAAAUAGCUAAUAAAAAGCAUGUUCCUUACAGAGCGCCGGCGUUACCAGCUAAAUUUUCAUCUGUGUCUGUGUUUGGCAUAGGCGCGGAGGCAGCACUACUUCCUGGCAAUGAAGAAUUUGUACCAGAAGUAACGGAUAACUCGUCAUUGGUGUCUGAAGUUUGCGCAAGCAUGGGGGAGGCAGUAGAGUUUGUAUCGGAACUACCAGAUGAUUCAUCAUCAGUAGGUAAUAUAUAUACGAGGGAAGUUUUUAAAGUAAGUACCGUUUUCAAAUUACGCCGCCGCAGCGCUGCGGUCGCCGUUUAG